ACCUUCAAACCCCUCGCUCUUCCCCAAAUUGGGAAAAAAGCGGGAGAUAAAAAAUUACGAUAAAGAGAUGUGAGCGACGCGAAUCUAUGGGGUUUCCAAAUCGUAUCUGAGUUCAAUCUCAACCUCUGAAGCUCAAAUCGUCGCAGAGGUUGUUACUUGUUGCUUGUUGUGCAGCUACUGCGAUUCGACAUGGAAAGGAACUCAAACUUCUCACCUUCUUCAAGCCAGGAAGGGCUGGAUGCCAAGCCAUUGAGAUCUUUGACCCCGAUGUUCCCUGCACCGUUCGGGUUCAACGCAUACACCCAAUCGGCCACCCCGCCCUUCGUUUGCGUUUCGCCCUUCGCCCAAUUUCCCGGGAACCCCUCAUUUCAACCUUUGGCUGCCGGAGUCCUCAAUUCUAACGGAGUUACCUUCGCCGGAGUUUCCGAUUCUAACGGCCCUAUAAAUGCCACUCCGAUAUCCGCAGCUUAUCGUGCGAAUGUGCAUUCGUUGGAUGAUGAGGAUGAGGAGGAGGAGGAGGAGGAGGAGGAGGACGAGCCCGUCUUCACCAGGAAAUCCUCGAAAUCAGGGCGGAAAAUCAAACGGUCGCACUUGGGCGGGUCGGACGGAUUGGAUGGAACAAAGAUCAAGCGGGUCAAGCCUGUCAGAAAGAUCUUUGACAAGUCACUUCUGUUGCUUCCUUCUUCGUCCAAUCACCCGAGGGAGACAGUCGAGAUGGUUCUGUCGACUUUCGAUGCCCUAAGGCGGAGGCUCCUUCAGUUGGACGAAUUAGAGGAUAUUAACCGCCGCCCGGAUUUGCGUGCUGGGGCUAUAAUGAUGACUAAUGAGUUUAGGGCUAACAUGGGGAAGAGGAUUGGGUCCAUUCCGGGUGUCGAAAUUGGUGAUAUCUUUUAUUUCCGUAUAGAAAUGUGUGUUGUCGGAUUGCAUGCGCCCAGCAUGGCCGGAAUCGAUUACAUGACAGCUAGGUUUGACCAUCAAGAAGAGCCUGUGGCAGUUUGCAUCGUCUCAUCCGGCGGUUAUGAGAACGCGGAUGAUGAUGUGGACGUUUUAGUUUACAGCGGCCAGGGAGGCAAUAAUCGAUAUGAGGAGAAGCACGACCAAAAGCUUGAAAGGGGAAAUCUUGCAUUAGAAAAGAGCACUUAUCGGAAAAAUGAGAUUAGGGUGGUUCGAAGUGCGAAAGAUCCUAAUUGCCAAACCGGGAAGAUUUACAUCUAUGACGGGCUUUAUAAAAUUCAGGAUGCGUGGAAGGAGAAAUCAAAGUCUGGUUUUAACGUCUUUAAGUACAAGUUGCUGAGAGAGCCUGGUCAGCGGGAUGGAAUAGCGGUGUGGAAGAUGACACAAAAAUGGAUAGAGAAUCCAUCGUUAAGGGGAAGAGUUAUUCUGCCUGACUUGUCCUCUGGUAUUGAGAACAUACCCGUUUGUCUUGUCAAUGAAGUGGAUCACGAGAAGGGGCCGAGCCAUUUCACAUAUGUUACUAAAGUUAGGUACUCAAAACCGAUUAGCUCAAUGAAGCCUUCGCAGGGUUGCAGGUGCCUUAGUGUGUGCCUCCCUGGCGAUAGAAAUUGUUCUUGUGCGCAAGUAAAUGGAGGUGACCUUCCUUAUAGUUCACUUGGGUUAAUUGCGAGCCGCAGAAAUAUGAUAUAUGAAUGCAGCGAUUCUUGUCAGUGUUCAUACAAUUGCCGAAAUAGAGUGACCCAGAAGGGGAUUAGACUGCACUUUGAGGUCUUCAGAACCAGAAAUCGUGGCUGGGGCCUUCGCUCAUGGGACCCGAUCCGUGCUGGCUCAUUUAUCUGCGAAUACACUGGUGAAGUCAUUGAUGAGAGUAAAGUUGAUUUGGAUGAUGACGAUGAUGAUUAUCUAUUUCAAACUGCAUGUCCUGGUGAGAAAACCCUAAGAUGGAAUUACGGAGCUGAGUUGGCAGAAGAACCGAGCGGGACUUUCUCGACCGACACAUAUAACCCCUUACCGAUAAUGGUAAGCGCAAGAAAUAUGGGCAAUGUAGCGCGUUUCAUGAACCACAGCUGCUCCCCUAAUGUGUUUUGGCAGCCGGUUCAGCAUGAUCACAGUGAUGAUGGCCAUCCACAUAUCAUGUUCUUUGCAAUGAAGCACAUCCCUCCCAUGACUGAAUUGACAUAUGACUAUGGUGUAUCUGGCAAGGAGAGGGGAAGUGGCGGUGUGUCCCGUAGAGCUAAGAGGUGCUUAUGUGGAUCACCAGCUUGUAGGGGCUCUUUUGGUUAGCACUUAAUGCCAGAAUAUGUAUGGAGGGCAACUAUCAUAUUAACUUAUCUGUGAAGUUUGCCUUCCCUACUACCUGUAUCCAUAAGGCUGUAAUGAAUGGAGAAGAUAAUUUUGAGAUGGUGUAUGACCAUUGCAAUGGGUAUCAACAACUUAUCUCGCAAAAGGAUGUGAAGAAUCUUCCCUAACAUUAUAUUGCGGAUACAUCCAUGCAGGUAUGCCUUUGUUUAUAUGUCAAACUGUAGUUGAGUCCUAACGGCAUCCAGUUUUGCGACAUGUAUGGGGCAUGUUGUGUUCCCAAGACCAACCGCAAUGUAAAAUUCAGGUGCUCUUCUCUUUAUUUAGUAGUCAGUAUCUUAUGAAUGAUGUUAGUCUCAUCAUUAACAGAUUGUUGCUGAGAUGAUUUCAUCCGUCUCCUUUGGCCUCACUGCAGGGUAUCUUCUCUUUUCUCGA